AUGGAAGAAGUGACGUCGUGCUCCUUCAACAACCCCCUGUUCCAGCAGGAAGAGAAGGGGGGGGUCACCUACCGGAUCCCAGCCCUGCUCUACAUCCCCCCCAAGUACACCUUCCUGGCCUUUGCAGAGAAGCGCUCCACAAGCAGGGAUGAGGAUGCGCUGCACCUGGUGCUGAGACGAGGGUUAAGGACGGGGCACACAGUACAGUGGGGACCACUAACACCACUGAUGGAAGCCACGAUACCUGGGCAUCGGACCAUGAACCCCUGUCCUGUAUGGGAGCGAAACACUGGCUGUGUGUACCUGUUCUUCAUUUGUGUGCAGGGCCAUGUCACCGAGCGUCAGCAGAUUCUGUCAGGCAGGAAUGCCGCUCGCCUCUGCUGCAUCAGCAGUCGGGAUUCUGGCUGUUCAUGGAGCAAUGUGAGGGACCUGACUGAGGAGGUCAUUGGCCCAGAAGCUAAGCGCUGGGCCACAUUUGCUGUGGGCCCGGGUCAUGGCAUCCAGCUGAAGUCCGGGAGGCUCAUCAUCCCUGCAUACACCUACUACAUCCCUUACUGGUUCUUUUGCUUCCGGCUACCAUGUAAAGCCAGGCCUCAUUCCCUGAUGAUCUACAGUGAUGACCUAGGGACCACGUGGCACCAUGGCAGGCUCAUUAAGCCCAUGGUGACAGUGGAGUGCGAAGUGGCAGAGGUGACUGGGAGGGCCGGCCACCCUGUGCUGUAUUGCAGCGCCCGAACCCCAAACAAAUGCCGUGCAGAAGCUCUGAGCACUGAUCAUGGUGAAUGUUUUCAGAAACCAGCCCUGAGCCAACAGCUCUGUGAGCCCCCGCAUGGCUGCCAGGGCAGUGUGGUGAGUUUCCAGCCCCUGGAGAUUCCAAAUGAAUGCCAGGACCCUAAUGGCAAAGACGAUCCUGCCCUUCAGCAGAACCCUCUGCUGGGCAGUUCGAGGCCAGAGCAGGAGGAAGGUGAGACACUGACAGAAUCAUGGCUCUUGUACUCACACCCAACCAGUAAGAAACGGAGGGUUAACCUAGGCAUCUACGUCAACCGAACCCCCUUGGAUGCUGCCUGCUGGUCCUCCCCCUGGAUCUUGCACUGCGGGCCCUGUGGCUACUCUGAUUUGGCUGCUCUGGAGGAGGGCUUGUUUGGGUGUUUGUUUGAGUGUGGGAUCAGGCGGGAGUGUGAGCAGAUUGCCUUCCGCUUGUUUACAGACCAAGAGAUCCUGAGCCAUGUGCAAGGUGAGUGCACCUGCCCUGGUAGGAACUCUGACCCAAUUCAAAACUAA